AUGCGAAGACGUGGCGAUGAACUUGAUGUUGAGUUGGCACCAAGUAAAAGACUAAUUAAUUGCGGUUUGACCCCCCAUGUUUUGAACAACUCUCAUUAUAUUCGAACUUCUUCAGAUACAACCAUUAAAGCACUCAAUGAAUUUUUGAUGCAUUUAGCCAAUCAGACAAGUGGGUUUGUCCCAAAACAAUUGACCGAUUUCAUCACAACAGAUCAUGUCGAGUCCAACUUAUGUCACAAUUCUAAUAUUAAUCAAUUUUAUGUAGAUCGACGAUACCGUCUAUGUAAAAUUGACCCGUCUGAAAAUUUGGCAAAUAUUUUUUUCAAUUCAAUUAACUGGGACAAACAUUUGAUCAUUUUCUUUGAUUUGAAGUCAGCAAAUGAGUCAAGUUUGGGAUUAAAUGAAAUUAUUGGCGAGGAAUUAGCUAAUUAUAUUGAACGAUAUGCAAGAACCGAAUCAUUGGAUAUUAUGUUUCUUACUCCGCCUGAUUGCCCUCAAUCAGUUGCAGUUCUUCAAAUAAUUCAUUCUCUAAAACAGUUGCAGCGGUACACUAAUCACAUAUUUUCUAAUGCAAAUCAAAGAUUAGGAAAAUGUCAAGAAAGAAUCAAUCUUCAGCUUAGAAGAAUCGAAGUAAUAGAAAAGAAGGUUGAAACGCUUGAGCAGGUGGAUGAAAUUCCUGUUUUUCAUUGUGCACCGAGGCAUCCGGAAUUGUGCUUUGCUGGAUUUUGUCAACCAGUAUUCGGAAAGGUGAUGGUAAACUUAGCGGAUGUGCAAGAUCAAACGAACAAUGCAAAUUACGAACUUGAUCUGUUGAACGGUGUAUACAAACCUGAACCAUUGAAGAUAAUCAAGGAUGGCAUUGAACGUAAGAAAAAUGCAGGACAUUUUGCACAAAAGUCGCAAAAGUUUGAUAAUUCAGACCUUAACGGUCCUUUGCAAUCUGAUGCCAAAAUUCAUAAACUAAACUUGACAAAACUUUUCACUGCUGACAUGUCUCGAAAAUUCGUUUCAGCGCAACUUGAUUUUUCAGACUCGUUACUUGAAGGUCUAGAAACGUUGACCUCUUCAAUUGGUAAAGAAACAUUUUCUAUUGGAAAUGAGAUUGUUGAAGCAAAUCUUCUAGCAACUCUUGACUGCUCACAAGCAAAUGUCUUCGAUAGUUUGGGUGAAAAAGUUGAAUUUGAUUUGCCCGAGGAUUUGCCUGUUUUUGACACAAAAAGUUUGGGAACAAGAAGUGUUUCUACUCUCUUUCGCUCCGACGAGCAUCUUUCAAGUAAAACGGAAGCUCCAAAGAUUUUAUGCAUUCCAGAUGAAUCAGAUAUUAGAGAAAGGCCUAAACUUGACUCGUGUGGUUUUGAGGAUAAAAUCAGGAAUGACGUUGUUUCUCCUCCAAUUAUACCAUCUGUUGAAGCUUCAUCUCUUCCACAGAUUCAAGCACCACCACCUCCUCCACCACCACCACCUUUACAACAGGCAAAAGCUAUUUCCGGUCGUUCUGAUUUGAUGGCUGCUAUCCGGGCAACUGGUGGAGUAAAAGGGGCGGGUCUGAAAUCUGUGAAGAUGGAUGACGAUCAAUUAGAAAACUCUAACACUAAGAAAAAUGUUGAAGAAGAUUUGAUGACCUCUUUGACACGAGUGCUUGCAAUGCGAAGAAGAGGAAUUUCUGGACGACGAAAUCCGUCAAAUUCGAAGUCAAUGGGUGAUGUCCUCCGUGAGAAUAUCCCAACAAGAUCGAGGACCGGAAGUAGCAGUGGGGAGGAUCAAAAUUCCAAUGAGGUAGGACCAAAUGAAUGGGUUGAUGAAUGA